AUGGAGGCACCAGCAGCAGCUCCCCCUGUCCCCACUGUAGUUAAAUGGACGAAGGAGAUGACGGAGACCUUCAUAAGGGUGCGGGCGGAGAACGACGUCCUCUUCACUGGGGCGAAGUUCUCCGCCAGCACGGCCUGGAGGACUGUCCUGGAGAAGCUUGACCUGCAGGAGGUGGUCACGCCCCUGCAGGCCCGUAAGAAGUGGGACAACUUGAAAAAAAAGUAUAAAGACUGUAAAUGCCCUGGAACAGGCCAGGGCGUGGAGGGGAACCCCACUGCUGGGACUUGGCCCUGGUUUGGCAUCAUGGAUGAGGUGUUGGGGCAGAAGCCGUCCAUCAACCCUCCUGUCCUAAUCGCCUCCAUCCCUGAUGCCAGACCAGGGCCAAGCCAGGCCAGAGAGCAGGAGCCGGAGCAGGAGGAGGAAGAGCCAGAGGCGGAGCAGCAGAGAGGAACGGGAAGGAAGAGGAAGAGGGAGAGCGAGCUGGUGAAGCUGUACAGGGAGGAUCUGAGGAUGCAGAGGGAGGAGGAUGAGCGGCGGGCACAGGAGAGGAGUGCCAAUUUUGACAGGCUGUUUUGCCUCCUCGAAAAGAUGAUUGAAAAUAAAAACAAAUAA